CUACAGGGAGAGGGCAGGCCGGCUCUUGGGGUUGCUGAUGUGGCCCCAAGGCCGAGCCCAGUCGGGGUCUGGCCUCAGCCCCCCAAAGAGCAGUUUCUGCACUCCAUGGGGUUGUCUCUGCCCAAGGAGAAGGGGUUAAUUCUGUGCCUAUGGAACAAGUUCUGCAGAUGGUUCCACAGACAGGAGUCCUCGGCUCAAAGCCGAGAUGAGCAAAACCUGCUGCAGCAGAAGAGGAUCUGGGAGUCUCCUCUCCUUCUAGCAGCCAAAGAAAAUGAUGUCCAGGUGCUGAGCAAGCUGCUCAAGUAUGAGGCCUGUGAGGUGUACCAGAGAGGAGCCAUGGGGGAAACAGCGCUGCACAUAGCAGCCCUCUACGACAACCUGGAGAAAACCUUUGCCUGCCAGAUGUACAACCUGCUGCUGUCCUAUGAUGGAGGGGACCACCUGCAGCCCCUGGAGCUCGUGCCCAAUCACCAGGGCCUUACCCCCUUCAAGCUGGCUGGAGUAGAGGGCAACACUGUGAUGUUCCAGCACCUGAUGCAGAAGAGGAAGCACAUCCAGUGGACAUAUGGGCCCCUGACCUCCACCCUCUACGACCUCACAGAGAUUGACUCUUCAGGGGAUGAGCAAUCCCUGCUAGAACUUAUUGUCACCACCAAGAAGCGGGAGGCUCGCCAUAUCCUGGACCAGACUCCAGUGAAGGAGCUGGUGAGCCUCAAGUGGAAGAGGUAUGGGCGGCCCUACUUCUGCGUGCUGGGUGCCAUCUACCUACUAUACAUCAUCUGCUUUACCAUGUGCUGUGUCUACCGCCCCCUCAAGCCCAGGACCACUAACCGCACCAACCCCCGGGACAACACCCUCCUCCAGCAGAAGCUCUUCCAGGAGGCCUAUGUGACCCCCAAAGAUGACCUCCGGUUGGUGGGGGAACUGGUGACCGUCAUUGGCGCUGUGAUCAUCCUGCUGGUAGAGAUACCAGAUAUCUUCAGGUUUGGUGUCACUCGCUUCUUCGGACAGACCAUCCUUGGCGGACCAUUCCAUGUCAUCAUCGUCACCUAUGCRUUCAUGGUGCUGGUGACCAUGGUGAUGCGGCUCACCAAUGCAGAUGGGGAGGUGGUACCCAUGUCCUUUGCCCUGGUGCUGGGCUGGUGCAAUGUCAUGUAUUUUGCCCGAGGAUUCCAGAUGCUGGGCCCUUUCACCAUCAUGAUCCAGAAGAUGAUUUUUGGUGACCUGAUGCGGUUCUGCUGGCUGAUGGCUGUGGUCAUCCUGGGCUUUGCUUCAGCCUUCUAUAUCAUCUUCCAGACAGAGGAUCCCGACGAGCUGGGCCAUUUCUAUGAUUACCCCAUGGCACUGUUCAGCACCUUCGAGCUGUUCCUCACCGUCAUUGAUGGUCCUGCCAACUAUGACGUGGAUCUGCCCUUCAUGUACAGCAUCACCUACGCUGCCUUUGCCAUCAUCGCCACACUGCUCAUGCUCAACCUCCUCAUCGCCAUGAUGGGCGACACUCACUGGAGAGUGGCUCACGAGAGGGAUGAGCUCUGGAGGGCUCAGGUGGUAGCCACCACGGUGAUGCUGGAGCGGAAAUUGCCUCGCUGCCUGUGGCCUCGCUCYGGGAUCUGCGGGAGCGAGUACGGGCUGGGGGACCGCUGGUUCCUGCGAGUGGAAGACAGGCAGGAUCUCAACCGGCAGCGAAUCCGUCGCUACGCACAGGCCUUCCAGCCGCAGGAAGUCCUCUGCUCUGAGGGCUUGGACAAAGACUCAGGGGGAAAACCAGAGCAGUGCCGUCCCUUGGGCCCCCACCUGUCCUUUCCUACACCCUCAGUGUCUCGAAGCACCUCCCGGAGCAGCAUCAACUGGGAAAGGCUCCGACAAGGGACCCUGCGGAGGGACCUGCGGGGGAUGAUCAACCAGGGCCUGGAGGACGGGGAGGGCUGGGAAUACCAGAUCUGA